UGGCGCUAGAAGAAAUCAUAAACUUCCAAACCUGUGGAGCCCAGUGGUGUGUAAGGUCGUGAAGGCACCCAGGACGGGUGGUGUAGUAUACACCAUUAUACACCAUAGCUCCAGUGGAUGACAUGGGCAAGGUUAGGUGUGUUCAUCGCUCUGCCUUGAAGACCUUGAUGAAGGAUUGUUCGGUUCCAGCCUCGACACAUCCCCCUGUUUUUGGGGAAGAGGUGCCAUCAGUUGAAGUAUCAACCCCUCUGAUAAGUCAGGGGCCCGCUCCUCAGUUUCCUGUUUCUCUGGGCCCUGUUCCAUCAUGGAGUAAGCCGGUAAGUGUUGAUGAGGGGGUCACAGUCUCUGGGGGCCUUGGGGUUCCUGGUUUUGUAUCUUGUGCACCCUCAGGGAAUGAUAAUUUGCCAGAAGGCCAGUCAUGUACGGAUGACAUCCCCUUACGGAGAACGGGGUGAGCCACUGCGGGCCACCAUUCAAACCUGCACCAUCUACCACAGGCCGUGGGGGAGGCGGGCAUAAGAGCAGUCACUAUACCAGGCCCUACAUCUAAUAGAAUUUCGGUUUGGUUUAGGCCAUGGGAUGCAUAGUAGUAGUCCAGGGGUGUGUUUAUAGUCCAGGGGUGUGUUUCUUUGGGUCAUCGUUGGGACACCAGUUAAAAAAAAGGGGGUAGAAUGCGGCAGGAUAAGUGAUUUAUUGGCACUGUUUGGGGUAUGGCUUCAGCAGAUCAUUGAGGUGGGAGCUACCCUAUUAUUUAAGGACCCUUAUUUUGGCAGGUGCCAAAAAUAAUGUGUUUUGGUGAUUCGAGGUUCCUCUCUCCCUGGCAUUUCCAUUUCUGUUUCAGUUCCCGUUUCCAUUCAGGUACCUUGAGGCUUUGCUCUCUGGGUAAUGAGGUGAACAUGUCAAGGCUAAUAUGUUUAUAUAUAGUUUUAUAGUAGAGAUGGUGGCGCGUGCAUUGUAGUGAGUUGGUGGCGGAGAUCGCGUUCAGUGAUGGUAACAUUAGCCAGUAUCUGAAUGAUUGCUGGUAUAUUGUGCCACAGUACCUGUGAGUAAUCAUACAACUUCGUGUCUUGUGUUUGUUCAACACAAUGGUAAGUGCGCCUCUCCAUUUUUCACAUUGGGACUUGGUAGAUUUAGUUUGACACACCGAUCUUUGUGUUAAGGUAAGAGUGGGGAGUUGAGCAUCUAAAUCUUCUGUAUGUCAAAUCCCUAGCUGAAGACGCUACUGUGUAGCGACACCACUGACGCCACUGCUGUUUUGCGUGACUUUUUUUCUUGGCUGCUUUGCUGGACUGCUUUGCUUAUGGGCAUCUUGCUUGGCGGUUUUGCUUACGGGCAUUUUGCUGGGCUGGUUUGCAUGCGGGCAUUGCUUUUGCAAUGUUGCUUAGCGGCACCCUUGGGCUGUCUGUUUACUUGCCUCGUUUUGCCUAUGUUUCAUAUCAGCUUUACUUUUUUGCUUGUGUAAGUUGGUUUGUUUUUCCCUGUUUGCACUUUGCGCUGCCUUCUUUUCGUUUGUUCUAUUAUUUUUCAUUGUUCCAGUGUCAGUUUGUUGCUCUUGUUGUUAAUUUUGGUUUUGGAUGUAUUUUUGGUUUUUGUUUUGCAAUCACAUCCAGUGUGAGAGGCUAAUUGUUAAAUUAGUACGUUUCUUAGUCUCAAACAUGUUCUUUCAGGUUUGUUUUCCCACACAAUCACCUUACUGUUGAUGGGGUAUAUGUUGUUGCUAUGUUCUAUUGUCUCCAUCUUUAUAGUGGCUAUACGUUUCAUUUUAUUUAUGGUUAACAAUAAUCCUGGUUCUGCUUAGGUACUGUUUAACUGCCUCCAUUAGAUGUGGUGGUGUCAGUGGGCCUGAGUAUUAUAGCUACCACUCCACAGUGUCUGAAAUAUUUUUGUUUUUCUUUCUUUGCUUAUAGUUUAGGGUUUUUGUGUAUUUCUGGAUUAAUUGGUAUUUUGUUUCUCUCCAGGAGCCAGUGGGACUUGGUGUGGGAAAGGGGAGGCCAGCUGCCUUCAUUUGGUGGUGUGUGCUUCACAGCCUGCUCAGUGUGCCAACACAACAGCUUCCUUAUGAUACUCAAGUGUGGCUUCUGCUUGGUUGGAAUGAAAACCUGCACUCAAGCCGGCCAAUUGGACAUCCCUACUAUAGAACAUCUGUGGGAUGCAAUGGAGGAUCCACAGGAUCAUCCCUCAGUUCCUGUGUCAGACAGGAGACUUCACUAACUAAUAUGAUGAGCAGCAGCAAGGAUAAAAAGGGGUGAAAUCAGAGCCACAAGAGGGAAAUCUGAGCAGCCCAGGACAAGUACAAACACACUUCAAAAAUGAUCCUGAGCUUAUCAUGGACAGGGUGGCAGGGAGCCUGGAGAGCCUAUCCCAGGGGACUUGGGGCACAAGAGUUUACCAACAUCAACGAUGAAGCAGCAUCUGUUCAUACUCCUGUUUUUCACAGAAGCAUGGUGUUUUUCAGGUGGAGCUCCGUGUGGUGGAACUCUGAAUCAGUCACGAGGGGAAUUUUUCAGCCCCAGUUAUCCCAAUAAUUAUCCCGAUUAUGCAAACUGCAAAUGGAGCCUGAUGGCUGGAGAACUGCAGGUGGUUUCGUUAAACUUCAUGUUCGUCGAUUUGGAGUCAUGCUGUGACUUUAUUCACAUGUACGACGGCCCGACUACUCAGCAUUCACUUUUGGGUUCUGUGACUGGAAAUCAGAGAGCUACCUUCAACUCCAGCACCAGAUACAUGACUGUCGUUUUCUCUACUGACGGCAGCGUGACUCAACAAGGUUUUCGGGCUGAAUGGGCUUUCAAAUUAAGCUCAAAGCAACAAAUCAUAAAGAUGAAGAUCCAGUCCAGUCAGGAUUUGAAUGAUCCUGCAGUAAAUGUGGCCAUCUUGGAGAAGAUCAAGCAGAACCUGGAGGAUAAUGGAAUGGUAGAGGGCAUCAAGGUGAAAUGGAGAGUACAAUCAGAUGGAGAGGUGUUUCACGAGGAGAAAUAAACUAAUACUGCAAUAGAAAAAGGAGGUCUCUAAGUCUAUAGCUGUGUCUCAAAUACAGUAAUUCUGUAGUGCAUUAGUCAUUUUUGUUGAGUAGUAUGUUUACUCACUAAAUGUAAUAAGACGUAGUUCACUAUUGGAGGGAUGAUGAAGGUGAAAUAAUUAUUUACUCACUUUAAAAUGCAUAACUUGUAUAUAGACAAUAUUCUUAUUGCUUUCCUUAUCAUAAGCAUUAACUAACCAUUUUAUUCAUGAUCAGGUAGAAUUCAUGGACUAUGUGAUGUAAGAAUCAGUGAUUAAUGUGCAGAAUAUGUGUAGAAAUGUGCAGAAUAUCCCCCCUGCUGAAUCUCUCCUGCUUCCUCCUGUAGGAGCACAUUACUGUGCUCGUUUAAUUCACUGAGCUUUAAAGUUCUUAUAAUAGGCCUCAUUUAUCAAUAUUUUAGUAAAGUCGUGUGUAAAAACAACAAAGAAUGAACAAAAAAUUCCACCACAUUUACAAAAGUUUUGGAAAGGCUGAUUUAAUUCAUACACACAUACCUAUAAACUGCAAAGCACAUUCCCAAAAGAUCAAGCACACAGAAGGCUGGAAACGAAAUGAAAACAUGACAGAAGAGGCAGAAAGGCAGUUAUUUUGACUCACGUCUAUGCCAAUAAAACAUAUUUAGUAGUGUACCAGCACCUGAAAUUACAGAAAAAGUGAAAUAGGUGUGAAUUAAGUGAGGUGAAAAGAAAUUGGCUUCACAUGAAAAUGGCAGAGAAAAAAAAGAUCUAUACUGUACCCAGGUGAUCAUGCAAACCAGCAGGAAUCACAAAGUGGCCAAAGUGCUAGAUGUGUUGAAAAAGCUUUGUGGCAAAAUAGGACCAAUUUAAAAGCCAGAUUUCAUCCAUACUGGUCUUUAAACAUCCUUUCACUCAUAUGCACAACCUUCUUCUUCUGCAUUUCUUUGGUUAUAAUUGAAUGACUAGUUAUAUUUGUUCUAAUUCAUGUGUUUGUGUUGGCUGGCUUCCUUCAUUUUUCAUAUUUUUUAAUUAAUGCCAAUGAUGGCUUAGUGGUUAAGGCUCUGGGUUACUGAUUAAAAGGUUGGCUGACCCUGUGCUCUGACCGCAACUUCCUAACAGGCUGGCAUAUGCAAAGAAUGAAUUUGACUGUACUGUAAUGUAUAUCUGAUAAAUAAAGGCUUCUAUUCUGUUCUUUGAAAACAAAUGGGCUUCACACAAUUUUCUUGAUAGUACUCUUAGGCUUCAUUCACACUCCAG